AUGGCCGGAGAUAGUCUGUACUGUCCUAUUACACUGGCGUUGUUCCAAGAUCCCUUGCUUGCUGAAGAUGGACACACAUACGAACGAGCGGAUAUAGUUGAAUGGAUUGAAAACAACGGAGGUACAAGUCCACUAAGCCGUCAACCAAUAUCAGUUGAAAAUUUACGUACAAACCGUAUAGUAAAACAGUUAGCUGACGAAAAGAGAAAUAAUGAUCCAAGAAAACAGCCUGCUGCAAUCCAACAACAACAAAGUGAAAGAGAAGCUACAAUGAUCAACUUAGAAGAUCCACUGGAUUCAUGGUUAAAUAAUAAUUAUACGACAAGUCGUAAUCAACAAGAAUAUCGAACAGCACAAUCUGCUCGGCCAAGACCAGUGAUAGCACCAUUCGAUAUUUUUGCCGAUAUCCGUGCAGAUAUUUUUGCAGCAGCCGCUAUUCACCAUCCAAAGCACAGGAAAUGUUGCCCACGUUUUAAUGUUGGUGUAAUUUAG